UUCAUUCUCAAGGUUACCUAUCAAACGUUCGUUGCUUCCGGGAAUCUGAAGGAUGGUGACUUGAAAAUCAUCUUUAGCUGAAUAAUAUUGUAGUCUUAUUCUAAAUUGUUUCGGAAUAUUGCAUGAUUUUUGUACUAUGGAUCGAUUUGUUCGCAAAAUAAAUACCAGCCCUAAGUCUAAACGGAAAACACUCGUACAAUCUGAAGACAACUUUGGCGUCCCAUUAAAAGUCCUGCUUGAUAGAGAUUCUACAAAACCAGUGCCUCGAAUAGUAAAAAAUAUUUGUGAUUAUUUGCUUCACUAUGGGCUCAAUUCACAAGGAAUUUUUCGUAUCAAUGGGAGUGCUAAGUUAAUUGACGGGUUCAAAACUACAUUUCAGAUAUCGGCAGCCGACGAUCUAUAUUCUUUGAGAAAUGUUGAUAUUUAUGCUUUAGCGGGUGUUUUAAAGCUAUUUCUUCGCGAACUACCUGAUGGACUUGUUCCAGAAAAACUUGGACUUAAAUGUAUAAAGGUUGCGAAAGAAUAUUCAAGUGACUUGAAUGCGUACAUACUUAAACUACAAACUGCAUUAUUUACACUGCCGCAUGAAAACUAUGAACUCUUAAAAUAUUUGUGUAAGUUUUUGAACAAGAUUGCGGAAAACGAACCCGUCAAUAAAAUGUCGCGCAAUAGUUUAGGAAUUAUUUUUGGUCCUUGUGUGUUUCGUUGCAGCUUCGACUUACAGGUUCUAAAGAAUCAAGGCUUGACAAAUUACAUAAUGACUUCACUAAUCCAAUACCAUGAUGCUAUAUUUGUUCAUCACCCUAAAACGGACUUUUUGGUAUUGGACCAUCUGUUCAAACUACCGGAAAUUGUCUCUAACUCAGCUUUACCGACCCUUGAAGAUCGUGUUCAGCCAUCAAGUGAAAUAUCAACGAGUUCCAGUCAAAAUAAUAGUCCAGGAAUUAUUAACAGCCUACAGGAAGACACAUUCUCAAAUUUUGUGGAAGCUCUGCCCCUGGCUCCUAGAAAUACACCUAAACCUGAACCAGAUAACCAUGUGUGGAUGUCACAUCACUGUUCUUCUAGUGAGCCGAAGAUUCCUCGAGCAAAUCCUUGUCACAGUAUACCAGAUUCAAUGUGUGGUUUUACAGUUGACAAUAAUCUCUCUAGUGACAGUUCUCCAUUUCACAGCAUUGUGUCAUCUCACCAAUACAAAGAAUUCCUUAUAAGUCCAUCAACUUCACCUACACCCAGCCCAAUCACUUUUGAAGUUUCUAGUACUCCAACCUUUGUGAGUAGAAGCAAUUCAAUUUCCUAUAAUGAAAAAGAAAAUGCUGAAGAAGUUUCAGACUCAGGUGCAGAAGUGCCUUACACAAAGACAUCGGAACAACUAGCCUUGGAUAUCACAAAUAUUAUUUCGUCCAUGGCUACAUCCCGUUCUUUAGAGGCACUGAGCUUCGAAACACAACUUGAUGAUUGUUUUACUAAUUCAACUCAGAUAUCAAAUUGUAAUAAGAAGCCCAACCUUGUUGAAGAGAACCCAAGAGAAAAGUUACGUAUUUCUGGCAUGUUAUCAAGAUCGUCAAACAAAGUUUCAACAGGUGAUAGUUUGUUCAACAAAGUGAUUCGUUUUACUCACGUCACUGAUGAUCCCACUAAAAUUAAAAGAACUUUCAGCCAUCGUAAACAUACAAUCAAAGAAUCAAGUGUCCAUCCAAUCAGUACUUGGAAUUCCAUGCCUUCUGUGAAAAAUAAAACGAUAAAAACUCCGCCUAAGUUUAUGGAUUCUUGUGUGGCAGUUUAUAGUCAAGAUCUUUGUAGUCAGUCCCCACAACAUAAUGACGUUAUAUCAAAUACUUUGAAAUAUAAUGGAUAUCGGUUUCCAAAUACUGACAAUACUUACCGACCUAUAAAUUUGCAAAAGGAUGAUUUUAAUGCAGCUAGAGUACAAGAUACAGCAAAUUCAACACGUUCGUCUACUUUUAUGCCAGUUAGCACAAAUCAUUUUUACAUGGAAAUGCCGGCUGCUAACAAUGAGUUUGCCAAUUCGGUUGGUAGUACUCAAUCAUCUCCAAUUGUAGAGAAUAUUUUGACUCAGGUGAUAAACCAAUGUUCUGAUACUCAUAUUUUUUCCCUCUCUGUGAAGCAGGAAUUAGAUUGUCCCAGCCACUCCAGCAGCUUUCCUUAUUCAAUAAAUGAAAUGGAUCUUACAGCUUCUGCGAAAAAAAAUCCGGUCUCAAGUUUUGUUAAGCCGAUAUCAACUUUAUUGUAUCAAUCAGAAAUACCAGUUUGUGUAUUUGAUCGUUCUUAUCCUAACCAUAAUCAUGUAGAUGGUUCUAAUAGUGAAAUCGGAAAUGAGCAAAAUAAGUCUAUCGAAUUAGCAACUCUUCACUAUGAUACUACCCAUCAAACAAAGGAAUACAAUCAUAGUACACCAACUAGUCCGAUAUUAUCUAAUCAUACCGCUUCAAUUACUCUGAGAUCAAAGUCAAAUUCUGUUGGUGCAGUAACCGUUAAACCAAUUCAUUCCUUUAUUCAUAAACCUAAAGAUCGUGGAUCAUGCUCUCCUAAUUUAUUGCCCCUUUCUUCGAAAGCAAACAAUGAACACUUAAACGAAUCUGCUCCAAACUUCGGGAGGCUUUCUUCUCCUGAAAGGAAUCGAAUGAUUACAAAGCAGAGGAUAAAACAACAGUGUUCAAUUUUUGAUCAAUCCCCAAUGUCAAAUAAAAAUGGGGAAAAUACCAGAUCCUAUGGAGCUCAGUUAAAUAAAUCAGAUCAUUUUUUAAGAUCAGCAAAAUAUUCUAGUUACAUCUCUGAUAGUACACAAAAUUUCAAAAAGACCUUGGAUACAAUAGGAUUAAAAAGUUUGUUAAAUUUAUCAAAUAGAAUUUACAGCGAACCGGAUUUAUUGUAUUUCAAAAACCAGUUGUCACGAAGGACAAACCUGAAAUACAGAUCGUUACAGCAUUUAACCACGGAUGAAUUAUCAAGCAUAAAAACACCACCCACAUUCAAAUUGAUUAAUAAAGAAAAUUUAACUACUAUUCCAGUUAAAAUAUCGAAUAAUUUAUUAUUUUCUAAUAAAGAAGAACCAAAUAUUAACUUAAUUUCACCUUCAGUUAUUAGGCGAGUAAAUUCAUUUUCAUCAAACCGUCAUACAUCUUCAGGAAAAUGUCAUUCUUUCUUAAGAAAAUAUUCAUCACCUUUGUUGAAAGAUUUAAGAGAUUUCUAUGAAAAUUCUGAAAAUCAUAAUGUUGGCGAUAAAGAUGAUAAUGCUGGUGAUGUAUCAUUAGAGCAAUCAAAUUCAUCAUUGAUAUCUAUUGAGUCAUUCUAUGAACUUUUAUGCGCUGCAUUAUCUAAACAACGUGAAUAUUGUAAUCGUCCUGAACGACUGAGUGAAAUGAACUGGGACCAAAUUGAACGAGAGAAAUAUGAUAUUCAAAAAAGUCUCUUAUAUUUUGAAGGUCUUUAUGGACGACCGAAAUCUCCUAGAUCGAAACGAAUCAUGAAACCUAUAUAUGAGCGUUAUCGUCAGGUUAAACGUCUUAUUUCUUCUCGAUAUGGUGUCUGUAGUGAAUUCCCAUUUGGAAUGAAUUUGUCUCGUUUAAAAGUGCUCAAUAACGAUUCCAUAGUUGAUGUUAACGAACAAUCUACAGAUAAACAACCAAAUGUAACGGUUUCAAAUAAUUUAAUGGAAUUUCUAAACACUCCAACAAUCACAUCUCCGACCUUUUUACAAGAUAAUAUUCAUAAUAUAGGUUAUGAUUCUGACUCAAGUACAUUUGGAAGUGUGUAUAUGAAUAAAGAAUCUAGCUUCCCAGUUAAAGUUAAGCAAAGAAAUUAUAAUUUACAAUCAACAAAAAAUCAUGAUCUUGUAACAAUUGAAAACAAUCAGAAUUCAAGUUUUCCAUUUAAUUCCAACCAUAGAAAAUCACUUAUGAGACCGGAUGACCACAACAUUCAAUUGUAUCGUAAACAACUAUGCUCCUUAUCUCCUAUGGAAUUGUAUAAUGAAAAGAAAAAUGUCCUAUUAAAGAAGCAUAUUGUUCAAACUGAAUUAGUCGAAUAUGAGAAUAGUAUCAAACGUGUAUUAGGUCGUAAACCUACAAAAACUGAACGUAAACCAAUGCGGGAUAAAUAUGAAUUAUAUGAUUUAAUUAAACGUCAAUUGAAAGUUGUUGACUCUUGUCUAAUAAAUCUAUCCUCACCUGAUUUGAUCAAUAUAAGAGAUGAUAUAAAUACAAACUAACCGUAACAAAAUAUCAUUGCAAAUGAUGAGAAAGUUUCUUUAUUUUUCACAGUGUACGUGUACACGGUUUAAUUCAUUUUAUUUUCUUGAGUAAAUUGCUAUAAUGAAAUAGUACAAUUGCAUUUUGUUCUUAAAACUAAUUUCUAUCUGAAUUAGUUAAUUUCAGGGGGAGGAAAAGAAAUCUAUAUGUUAUUUACGCUUACUUAUAAAUUUUAUUAUAAUUCAAUAAAACAGUCUGAUCUUGUGAUAAAUAAGCAUUAUGUCGAUCACUUAUACUAAUUUUGCUUUAUUUCGACAUAGAUUUAUCAUAUAUUUGUUUGUAUCGCUUGAGAACAUCUACUCAUACACACUCAUGCCUCUAGUACUCUGUGUUUUCAUUGUUAUUGUCUUUCAUUUGUAUAAUAUACAUGUUAUUAAUAUUCUAAUCACCUUUAUUAUCACAUCGCUUUCGCUAAAUAGCUCUUGCAGAGAGAGUAUGUGUGUAGUUUUCCACAUCAUAACGUUACUUUUUCGUUCCUGUGUGAUUUGUCUCAAUCCUACUUGUUUACAUAUCCUUCUCUCCCUCCAUUAAUACUAAAUAUGUAUUCUAGUAAAAGCCAUAGUGUACAUCUUGCUUGCUUAUUUCUCUAUCUGUCUGAUAGGUCCAUUCUAUCUAUUAUUGACUGUGUAUAGUAAUUACCUAUUCAUUGGUUUGCAACAUCUUGAAUUUCUUCUCUAUGUUUUCUGUUUAGCUGUAUAUCAUUCUUAUGAUUUUUUUUUUUGGGGGGGGAGGAAUAAUUAUUUGCCUUUAUUAGGAAGACUAUGGGGUUUCUGUUUUUUUCUCCAUUUCAAAUUUUUCUGUGAAUUGGUCAACAGCUGUUGAUCCUCUUUAAAUUCUGAUGCAUUUUUGUUUCAAGGUUAUUAUUUGAAACAUACCAAAUGUCAUUUUUACAUGUGUAUACGUUUGUGUCGAAGUUUUAUUCCUUCCGUUAUAUUUUUAGAUUCCUGUAUAUCUGAUAGUACACAUGUAUCCCAUUUCAUUGUAUUAAAUAGUACAUUUAUAAAGUUGAUAGACAAAUUUCUAUCUUGCUCGUUGCUACUUGACUUCCUCUUUUUUCUUGUUUCAAUAUGAUAAAUAAGCUUCUUUUUUUCUCUCUUCUGCAAAAUAACAAACAUUUUACAGUUUGUUUUCUUAAAUAAAUCUACUACACGAAUUCCAUAUAUUGUAAACACGUUCGUUUUAUCUGUGUGUGUUUGUGUGUUUAACAAAUAAAAUAUCGUCUUAUGAUUUUUUUUCAAACUUAAUGUGUACCAGAGAAAAAAGACGGGUGAAUGAUCUCGUGUCAUCGGUUUUUCUUAUUGUCUAUGUAAACAAGAGUAUUUUUGCAUAAAAAGUAAUUUUAUUUAUUUGUUAUUGUUGCUAUUUAAAUUAUUCUAGAUUCAUCUUCUUUGAUACAUUGCAUCCUUAUUAGUAAAAAAAAUGUCAAAUUGUAAACAGCAUUCUUCUGUACAUAUUUUUAAUUCAUUCUACACAUUUAUCCGGAUCAUGUUUUUCAAGUAAUAUCCCUACCAUUUGUAGUAAUUUCUUUUUUGCCGCCUCUUCAGCAUUUUUAAAAAUUACUUGUGGUUUACAGAUAUAUAUAUAUAUAUAUAAUAUAUAUAUAUAUAUAUAUAUAUAUAUAUAUAUAUAUAUUGGUCGACAAUUUUAAGUUAUUUUCGUUCUCGCCUAUUUUCAAAGCGAAUAUUUUGUUUUCAUUUUUUAUAAGGUUUAUGUAUCUACAUUUCAUUUGUCAUAGAAUGUAAUCUAUCGUCU